AUGUCUGCGAAUCCCUCGCCCUCGCUCGCAUAUCAACUCCGGCAACUCCAUGUAGCGGCCGGAGACGACUCGACCAACUCAUCACGCCUGAACACGCCGCCGACUUCUUCGCUGCACCGCACGCCCAGUACUGGCAGUCAGCAUGCGGCUGCCAUGGCGGAAUUGCUCCCGGCAGAUGAUGGUAUGGCCCAUCUCCGUGCGCGCAUCCACGAAAUCAGGGCCCUGGACAUCUCAGACCAUGAGCGGGCUCGUAUGAUCCACGCAGUCAUGACGGAGAAGUACAACUUCAUGCGGCCAACGUCCCCAGCAAGCUUCAUAUCACACGACCGCCCUUUCACGCCCACAUCCGGAGAGUCGGUCUUCUCCGAGUUACACGCUUCGUCGCCCUACUCGUCUCCGUCCGAUACCAAUGCUGAUGUUCCCUUCAACCUCCGCGAAGGCGACACAAACCCGACGUACCGACCACAUCACCACUAUGAUGGCGCAGAACAUGGCGAAGACGAGGACGAGGAUACUGCAGAAGGGGAGCACGUGCUCGGCUGUCAGCAUUACAAGCGCAAUGUAAAGGUGCAGUGCUUUGAAUGUCGUCGCUGGUACACCUGUCGCCAUUGUCACGAUGCAGUCGAGGACCAUAACCUGAACAGAAAGAUGACGCAAAAUAUGUUAUGCAUGGUGUGUGGCACGCCCCAGAGUGCGAGUGAUUGCUGCAAGAACUGUGAAACUGAGGCUGCGUGUUACUAUUGUGACAUCUGCAAGUUGUGGGACAACAACAGCAAGAAGAAGAUCUACCACUGCCCAGACUGCGGUAUAUGUCGACGAGGAGAGGGUCUGGGUAAAGACUUUUAUCAUUGCAAGAGCUGCAAUGUCUGCAUCUCGAUAUCUCACGCAACCUCGCACAAGUGUCUUCCGGCUGCUACCGAAGGUGAUUGUCCAAUCUGCGGCGACCACCUAUUCACCUCGUCCACUGCCGUAGUCUCAAUGCCCUGUGGCCACUAUCUGCACAAAGGCUGCUACAAUCUCUACAUGCAAGCUGCAUACAAGUGCCCGAUAUGCAAGAAGAGCGCUGUGUGUAUGGACCUGCAGUGGCAAAAGUUGACACAAGCAAUCGAAGGUCAACCUAUGCCAGAGCAAUUCGCACAAACCCGUGCAGUCGUUCAGUGCAACGAUUGUUCUGCCAAAUCUUCUGUCAAGUAUCAUUGGCUUGGAAACCAGUGUGCCACAUGCGACUCAUACAAUACCAACGAGCUUCGCAUUCUCAAUGGGCCAGAGAGUGAAGAGGCUGCCAACGCGAUUCUGGAUGCCGACCGAGAUGCUGGUUCGAGAUCACCUAUGAGCGUCAGUUCGCCAUCGUCCCAAGCACCACUUCGCUCUCCUCGAUACUAUUUCCAGCCAGAUGAGCCGGAGGAAACGUGGCUGCCAGGUCAGCUACCCUCUUUCCCCUUCCAAAUGCCGCAAUUUCCUGGAAGACCGCGCAUGCCACAGAUGCCGCAAAUGCCUCAGAUGCCCCAGUUUCCAUCCUUACCUCAGUUUCCACCGUUGCCAAAUUUCCCACAGAUACCACAGUUCCCCCAAAUGCCGCAGAUGCCUCAAAUGCCCGAUGCGGCACAGCAAAUGCUAGAGCGGGUUCGUAGAUCAUUUGAUACCUAUCUCAACCCAACUGGGGAUGUGCGAGCUGAGGAUGUGCCUAUUAUUGAUCUUGGCAAUGAUGACCGCACAGAACGUCCUGCCACAGAUGGCACCACGGUCAAAGAGCCUUCUUUGCCACAAUAUGUUUUGGAGCGUUUUACGCAAUCACUAGUGCGCUUCAGGAACGACCUGAACCCAGCCUUGUUUGAAGAGAUACCAACUUUGGAUCUGACCGAAGACCACGAUCCUGACGGAUUGCAAUUUUGGGGCGAAGAUGGUGGGCGGCUGGACCGCUACCUCGCAGGCGACGAAUACGACGACGAAGACGACAGCAGCAGUGACGAGGAGAGUGAGCACGAGGAUGACUAUGAGGACGACGAUGAAGAGUUCGAAAUGAAUAGCAAGAAACGCGGCAAGGAGUUUGACCUACCGGGUCAUGUCUAA